CAACUUUAGAAUUUCCUCUUUUCAGAUAAACAAUCAUACCUUAUAUUCAGUUUGCACAAUUUAUAUUAUACCUUAAAGAAUAUUCAUUAAUUUUGCUGAAACUGUACUUUCUGGGUAUUUAAUGGUUUAAUGGUGAUUCAAUUUCUGAUAAAUUACACCGUUUGAAAUAUAACUGAUUGUGAAAUUCUCCAGAGAAUUCCGAAAUGGCUCAGAGAAUUUCAAAGAAAACUUGUGAGGCGAUUGUUCUUUGAAUUGUUAAGAAAAGGAAUUUUUUGACCGGGUUAACUUUUUGGUGUUAUAAAUUUUGACAUGCGCUCAUUGAUAUCUGCGCGUGUAUCCACACAUGUACACGUCUACGGUAUGUAUACAGCGCCGAGAGAGGUCGAACGGAGGCUCGGAGGUAUGUACAUGGCGUGCAUGCGCGCGUGCGUGUCACUGCAUAAGUGGGUGUUUUGGGCCGAAAAGAUAGUGGCAACGAUGGUGGGGGUUCCGCUGCAAUACGCGAGGCUUUGGGAAAGCCCGUACAAUCAAGCCAUACGCACACUAGAAUCUCUAGAGUAAGGAGCGAGCGCGGCCGGAGCGUGCCUUAGCGAUUUGCACACGCAAUAAAAUCGGUGCUCAUCGUCCGUUGUGUAACUUUCAGUAGUCACACAAAUACCUACCUCAAUCAACCUCGAACUAAACUACCUCAUGUUGCCUACCUCGAUAUUGGUCAAAUCUCUUGUCAUAAGCCAAAACUCUGAACACACGUCGCUUUGUUGUGUUUCUCGGUCGAGCCAAAAAAUGACCUACAAGAAUACGAACCUCUCAAAAGGAACAUCAACUACAGACACGGGUAAACAUUGGGAGUGGGUACCGAAAAUGGUGAACUUCUACCCGGCUGAGGGGCUGUCAAAUCGGGAGGCUCCACCGAUGCCGAUUGCGAGUCGAGUGACAGAUAUAGUGGCGAUGAACUCUGUGAAGAAUCUGGUGUGCAGUCCGGACGUUACGGUGUUUACGGGACCAUCGGGAGAGUCUCUAGAGUCUAUAACGGAGGACAAACUGUACCAGUGUUUAAUGUGCCACAAGACGUUCAGCCAAAAGAGCGUUUAUCAAAGUCACGUAAGGUCGCACAGUAAGGAGGGCGAGGAUCCGUACCGGUGCAACAUAUGCAGCAAGACAUUCGCCGUCCCAGCGCGCCUCACACGCCACUUCCGGACACACACAGGUGAGAAACCGUACCAGUGCGAAUACUGCAACAAGUCAUUCUCGGUGAAGGAAAACCUCAGCGUCCAUCGGCGAAUCCACACCAAGGAAAGGCCUUACAAAUGCGAUGUCUGCGAACGGGCCUUCGAACACAGCGGCAAGCUCCACCGCCACAUGCGGAUACAUACGGGCGAACGGCCCCACAAGUGUUCGGAAUGCGCGAAGACGUUCAUCCAGAGUGGACAGCUGGUGAUUCACAUGCGUACCCACACGGGAGAAAAACCGUACGUCUGUAAGGAGUGCGGUAAGGGUUUCACCUGCUCUAAACAGCUGAAGGUGCACACGCGGACGCAUACAGGCGAGAAGCCCUACACCUGCGACAUAUGCGGAAAGUCGUUCGGCUACAACCACGUGCUGAAGCUGCACCAGGUUGCGCACUACGGCGAGAAGGUAUACAAGUGCACGCUGUGUCACGAGACCUUCAAUUCGAAGAAGACGAUGGAGCUGCACAUAAAAACGCACUCCGAUUCGCCGGGUUCGGGCUCUCCGCGGAACGCGUCCCCCGUCGAGCCCGUCAUCGAGAUUUCGCAGCUGGGCUCGAGCGGCGGGGUCGGCAGCGACAAGGAGAAUAAGACUGACCCUGCGACGCAGGCAACCGGGUAUUCGCAGUCCCGCGACUUCGCCUACUACCUCUACCCCCGCGACCAAUAUAGCGGUCACGCGCCAAGCCCGACCGGUGUAAAUCCGGCGCUUCUUGCCGCUGCAGCCGCGGCCGCGGCCGAGGAUCGCACCUUCCAGCCCUCGCCCGAGACUUACUACCUCUACCCACCACCCGCUGCCGCUUUUUCGACCUACGGUCUGCCCGAUCCCGCCGCUGAGUGCGCGCUGCUCGAUCUCCCCGGGAACGAUGCUCGCCGUCGCGUCGAGGCUGCCCUCGAAGUCGUCGAAGAACAGCGGCAACGAGAGUGCGGUCUCCAGCGGCAGCCCAUACUCACACCGCCGAGCAGCAACCCCGUCAGCCCGGCCCCAUCGCCUGAUCCGCUCGACCUCGCCGUUCCAGUUAGAGAGACGCUCAUUCUUCCGCCCCGGAAACGUAGCAAGAUGAUACUAGAGUCUAUGGAAAGUGAGAGGACUGGCAUCGCCUCGCAGAGACAGAGCUCUGUCAUCCAGUACGCCAGGGCGUCGUAGUUCGUUCUUCGAACGGUGGAUUUUGUCCAAUCGCUAACAGACUUUUCAAAGUGCCCUGUGUUUGUCGUUGCAGCGUAAUAUAAACGAUUUUUCACAACUUACGGUUAUCGGGUACCGUCGCGAUUUAACCGUUGUUGCAACGCGGAGAAGAACUAGAUUACAUUGAAAUCGUUAUAAUGCGCCUCUGAAUGCAAUCUGUCGAAACAAAAGAUUUUUCACUAUGACUGAACGUUAUGGGUAAUGUCUAACAUAAGUGAUUCAAAUUUUCCUAUUAUUGACACGGUGUUAUGGUCAGUCGUAGAUUGAAUAGUAAAUUUUUGUACAAAGCAGAGAAACUUAAAAUAAUUAGUUCUAAAAACCCUAUUUUAAUUUAACAUAAAUUGAUGCAAAUGGACGAGAUUAACAAAUAAGACAAUGUAUGAUGACGUAAUACAAAAUCAGCGAAAUUCAAUGGUAAUAUAACUGACAGUUACAUCUUUAGAUUAAUUUGAUGAGUUUCUUUGCUUUUUACACAUAUAAAAAUUGACAGGAUUCUUUUUAAUGCAAAGACCUAAUUGAAAUAUAUGUAUCAUCGUUAUAGCUUUUUUCCUCUAAAUUGAUGCAAUUUUUCACGAGUUUAGUAUUAAUGGUAAAUGGGUGUGCCGCAUAAGUAAGCGCGUGAGCUAACUGAAUUGUGUACGGAACAAGAAAAUGGAAUGAAAAAUUGUUUACAGUUUUCAUUUUACGUCUUACAGAUUUGUUUAUAUCAUCAACUAUUAUUUCUAUCACCCUAUAAUGUAUGUAAUACACAAUUUUUCUGUUUACUGUAUGCAUAUAAGAACAAAUGAUCAAUGGUUUCUCAACAUUUAUAACGUCCAUAAUUGUUUUCAAAUUCAAACUUGUACAUAUUAUAUCGAUGUAUUCAUGUUAUCUACAACUACACGAUAUAAGAGACUGCGAAAGGAAUCAAUUAGGGUUCCUGAUUGGCUCGUAUCGGAGAAAAUAUUUUCCAAGUUCAAUUGUACAUAACUAUGAUUGAAUCGAUUCGGGGCGCACUUGUGUUUCAUUAUACCUUUCAUUCACUCUUUCUCUCUUUCCGUAAUCUGGGUUAUGUGGCACCGAAAUAAAUUUUGUACGUAGUAAUCGAAGCUGCUACAUUGCUAAACAUUGCUAUACAUAUACAUAUUGUGAAGUACCAAACAAAAUUGACAUCUCUGUGAUAACAACUCCGUACUAUACCAGAGUAUUGAGAAUAUAAGCUGAGCCCACUGCCAGUACAAGCGUAUAUAUGUAUAUGUACGUAUCCAAGUAUUUAUAUAUCACGCAUCAUAAUUUUAUAAAUGAACGUAACUGUUAUUAUUAUUACUAUUAUGAUUAUCUGCAUAUAACUAUAUACUAUUCGUCUUGUAAUGGUUAAUUUUUUUUAUUUCCGUGUAACCCAUUAUUAUUAUUAUUAUUAUUAUUAUUAUUAUUAUUAUUAUUAUUAUUAUUAUUAUUAUUAUUAUUAUCGAUGUUAUUGUUAUUAUUAUCAUUAUACACGGCGAUGAUAUAUCCAAGCAGCUUCUGAAUUGAAUAUAAUUUUUUUGAUCCCGUGAUAAAUGUACAUAUACAUAUUUAAAUCAGAUUUAAUAUACCAUUCAUCUUAUAUAUGUAUAUAUAAUGUUCCUUCACACACAACCCGAUUGCAAAAAUGCGUAUAUUUGUAUAUAUUUAACCGAUGAAGAAUUGCAAUAGCAACGGCACGAGGUUCAGUGAUGAAAAGAGAUAUAAAAAAAAGAAAAAGAAAAAGGAAUGAAAAAGCGAAAAAACACGAAACGUAACGUGGAGUAAGGAAAUAGUAGAAUAGUAAAUUAUAGAACAAUCAAGUUAUGUCGUCUUUAGGUCCUAUUACAUUUACAAGCCGUGCAUAGCGGUCCGACAGCGAUUGAUAUAUAGCGGAUAUACUAAUAUAGUAUAUGAGGUAUGCCAUUCGACUAAAUUUCUUGUGUAUGUGUAUAAUACAUACAUAUGUACAUACGGAUGUGUAAGUAGUUUACUAUGUAUACCACCUAUAUCCGCGCCACGCUGUCUCCCUGCUGCGGGCACAUCGAACUGAUUACGUGUAAAAUAUAAUAAUAUUACGUUUAUAUAUACACAUAAUAUAAUAAUAAUAACAACAACAACAAUAAUGAUAAUAACAACAACAACAACAAUAAUAAUAAUAAUAAUAAUAAUAAUAACGGUAGUAGUAGUAGUAGUAGUAGUAGUAGUAGUAGUGGUAGUAGUAGUAGUAGUAGCAACAAUAACAACAACAACAACAACAACAUUAAUAAUAAUAACAAUAAUAAUAAUAACAACAACAAUAAUGUAGAGUUGCGAAUUUGUCACGUAUGGCGGAUUUGGCAUGUUGGAUUAAAAGUAACAAGAAAAAAAAAAGAAAUAUACAUUUAUUCUCUCAACACCGUUAUAUAUUACGUGGAAACUUUUCAUUUGUGUGAUUCGAACGAAUUUCAGAAUACGAUGUAGUAGAAAACUGUUGAAGGAAAGAAAAAAAUACAAGUAAAUAGCAAACUAAAUAAAAUAAUUAAAAAAAACUCUGUCGACGUGCCAUCGGAUGCCUUUGAUAAUACGGUAUUUGCAUAUUCAGCUCAUUACUCUCAUUUCAUUUCCCAAUCAUUUUAAUCUAUAUGCAAUAUAUAUUAAGUCUAUCUAUAUACCAUGUGCGAUCACGAUCUUCCUCCGUUUUGUCAAGUUUGAAUAAGGCCCACCGUGAGAUAAUUCGAACAAAGAAGAACAUAACACACAUAUAUAUGCCAUAUAUAUAUAUAUAUCCGCCUUACUUACAUAUAAAUACAUGUAGAAAAAUACCUGCAUAUUAUAUGUAUAUUACCAGCAUUACUAUUAUUACUAUUAUUAUUAUUAUCAUUAUUACCAUUAAUAUUAUCAUCAUCAUUGCAUCAUGGUAACUGCGAAAAGAAAUAAGAAUAUACAUACAACAACUUGGCAUAACAAUUAUUGAUGCACAUAACGUAUAACACUUAAAAGCGCCAAUGUGACGCAAGCCGCCUGCCAUUAAGAUGUAUCUUGUACGUUACUGGAUAUACUUAUAAGUUAUUAUUAUUAUUGUUGAUAUAAAAUAAAAAUAAAUAUAAAUAUUACUAGAUAACUUAUAAGUUUACUUUUGAUUUUAAAACUAAGUACGUUAAUAAGUUUGUGUACUAGUUAGUUAUGUAAACAGAACCCGCUGACGUUGCAGUUCUAUCGUAAACUGCAGUGAAUUGCGGGAUCUCGUUGACCGUUGUGAAGCUGUGUGUUGUUACGUUGUUUCUUUUGUAUAUAAUAACAAAAACAUUAUAUUUAAAUUUAAGUCUGAA